AUGUCAUCUCACGCUUGCGGCAUCCAUGUGUCAGAGUUGCCGCAGACAGUCCAAGACACCAUCAAAGUCUGCGUCAAGCUGCAAGUCAAGUACCUCUGGGUCGACGCGCUGUGUAUCGUCCAAGACGACGCCGCCGAUUGGAACGUCGAAUCCGCAAAGAUGAUGGACAUCUACGCGAACUCCUUCUUCACCAUCACCGCGAGAGCACCGAGCUCGUGCAAGGUUGGAUUCCUCGGCCAGCAGCAGCUGGGAAGCACGGGAUGGCAGAGACCCAUCUGCGCCCACGUGCCGCCCGGCCUAGGUCCUUCUGGAGACUGCCUCUUCGUCAGGGAUGGCGAGGUCGAGCAGUUCCAGGUCUUUUCCCUGGACUCCCGCGGCUGGUGUCUGCAGGAGAACAUCCUCCCGCAACGGAGACUGGUGUUUGACGGCCGGGAAAUGGCGUGGCGCUGCCGCGAGAGGAACAUGUGCGAGUGCGGCCAUCUCGACGAGGAUGUCGACGCCGGCGAUGAGCCGCUGAUGUCGGGCUCAAUCGACGGACCGACAAACCUCCAGGAACUUUCUCAACUCCACCGGGAAUGGCUGAAGCUGGUCGAGCUGUAUUCGCGACGCUUCCUGACGAGAUCCAGCGACAAGCUGGUCGCGUUGUCAGGUCUGGCGAGAUUAUUCCAGCAGAGGUUCUCCCGCGCGAAGAUCUUGUCCCGGGACGAACAUAUCAUUGCAAUAUUUGACGAGAAGACGCUGGUAACAUUGGAUCCCCCCAUGGCGCCCGGCCUACCCGCAUCCUAUUACGCGGGACUCUGGAGAGAAAGCUUCGUCCUCGGCCUUGCCUGGACGGUCGAGUAUCCCCUCCUGAACAAGACGGGUCAUGCUGAGCACUCAAAUCACAAGGAGUAUUGUGCGCCGAGCUGGUCGUGGGCUUCGGUGGACGGACCCGUAGUCUUCCGACACAUGGAAGUCACCGCUGGCAGGUACGAAGAGGGUGACAACCCGCAGUUGAGUUGCGACGUGAAGGUGAGGGGCAUCGCGUGCAUUCCGAGCAACGUCGCAAAUCCCACAGGCGGAGUAAUGGAGUCGGCGUCCGUGGUUGUCUCUGGUCUCUUGGCCCCGGUGGACCUGGCUACGCUUCAUGUCAAGGAUGACUCGGUGUUAUGGAGCUAUACGUGGUACAAUCAAAUGCAAUCACCGGGAGAUGGGAAGGGGAGAUACAGAGUGACAUCCUUCGCCCGCACGCGGAAGAAGCAGAGCUGGCGGGUGCUUCUGGACGUCGAGCAGCGUCCAACGAUAGAUGAGGGGAGCUCAUAUGCCUACUGCCGGACGUCCCCAAUGCGGCCGAGGGGUGAAUUGAAUUGCUACCCGUGGGACGUGAAAACGUAUUAUGCUUGCCUUCAGCUAUAUACCUUCCAGAAGCAAAAGUUACACAUGAGAGAGUAG